AUGACCGAAAUAUCUGGCAUAGAUGUCGGGGACGUCUUUCGUCUCAUGCUUCGCGCGAGAGCAUCAGACACCGUCGACACUCUGAGCAGUUUAGACGACAGCAACGAACGGCGACGAAAGGCUAUCGAAAGCAUACUAUUUUCGCGCAGGUUUAUCCUACUAUACAACAUCGUACUGGUAGGACUACUGGCAUGUUUCACGGUUUGGUAUUGGGGCCGUAGGAUUGGUAGAUUUCGACGUAGACAUGCCCUCUCUCGUUCGCCACACAACAAACCCGCAAUCCAUUCGAAUCAAACUCGCAAGGAUGACAAUGAAGGCGAAACGACACCACUACUCCACCAAGGCAAAGCUCAUAUCUCCCGUUCCAAGACCGGCUUGGUGAUCGCUCGAGUUCAGGCAUGGCUCAUGUAUCAGCCACCCAACGUACCAUACAUCCACAAAGUUCUUCCUUCAAAUGCCACCACAGUUGGCAUCCUACUUCUACUUGGCAUCAAUCUGUUCUUCUUGCUCUACCAAGCCGAGCUUUCGGUAGCUACAGCGUUCGUCUUUGCCGAUCGAGCUGGCUUGCUUUUUGUGGCUAAUCUUCCGCUAUUGUAUCUUCUUGCAGCGAAGAAUCAGCCAAUAAAGAUACUUACUGAUGCCUCAUACGAGGGUCUGAAUAUCAUCCAUCGCCGGUUGGGUGAAUGGAUGUGCUUGCUUGCACUCUUACACACUGGCAGCAUGGUUCUGGUUUGGUAUACGACACUUUCUACUCGUCUGAGCUUCUCGAGGUUCCUUGCCUUGCCUAUCAUCUGGCUCGGGCUCCUCGCGUUCUUCUCUUACGAGAUGCUGUAUCUUUCUUCGCUCGGCUCUUUCAGACAAAGGAGCUACGAAGUGUUCCUCGGACUUCAUGUUGUCCUUCAAAUCGCUGCGCUGGCUUUCUUAUGGUUCCAUCACCACAACAGUCAGCCUUACGUGCUGGCAGCUGUGUGCAUCUUUGCGGUUGAUCGCCUGGUCUUCAGAUUGAUUCUCAAGUCAAGGACAGUCAAAGCCGACAUCUCUGUCAUGGAAGAUGGAGAAACCGUGCUGUUGAGUUCAAACUGGCAGUUGCCUCAAUCUUCCUGGUGGAGGUCUUUUGGCAUCAAGGACGGUUGGAAGCCAGCCGAACACGUUUUCCUCACAGUACCGGCCUUAUCGCAUAAGCACUUCGUCCAAGCACACCCUUUCACAAUCGCCUCCGCCGCUCCUACCAGUGCUGACUCACAUGCCUGGCUCAACUUUCUUAUACGAGCUCAGGAUGGCUUCUCACGAGAUCUCCUUCGCUACGCAGAAUUCCACAGCUCUGUGAACGUUCGAGUGGAUGGACCUUACGGAUCCUCACAUGCCCUGGAAAUGCUCCACGACAACGAUGUCGCUGUCAUCGUAGCUGGUGGUUCGGGUAUUGCUGUGGCGUUUCCUCUCGUCUGGAGUCUACUCAAAGCAUCGGCUCAAGGUCUAGAGCUGGAAAGCAGCACACACCCCAAGACUCGAGUGUCUCUGAUCUGGGUGGUUCACGACCAAGAGCACGUUGAUUGGAGUCCGCAAGACAGACUGAAUGAGCUGCGCGAACUUGGUUGCAAGAUCAUGAUACCACCACCGACACGCAAAGCAGGAAGGCCUGAUCUUCCACACCUUCUCGAAACUGCAGUGAAUGCAUGGAACGAUGAGAUUGAAGAUCCUUCUGUUGGCGUAGUCGUGGCUGGACCAGACGGCAUGAAUAGAAGCUGCAGGAAUACAUGUGCGAACCUUGUGAGUCGAGGUGCUCGACUGGAGGUCUCAGUCGAGAAGUUCGGUUGGUGA